AGCAGAAUGGCCGCCAGGGGGCGGCAGAGGCGCAGGUGCUGCCUAUAGCUCCGCUUUAGACGACUGUAGAAGAAUCGAAGGACUGCGAGAGCAACGUGAGAGCCAUGCCGAAAUCGAAGAGGGAUAAAAAAGUCUCUUUAACAAAAACAGUCAAGAAGGGAUUGGAAGCGAAGCAGAACCUGAUUGAGGAACUGCGGAAAUGCGUCGACACGUACAGGUACGUGUUCAUCUUCUCAGUGGAAAACAUGAGGAACAGCAAACUCAAAGACGUCCGAACAGCGUGGAAACACAGCCGGUUCUUUUUCGGCAAGAACAAGGUGAUGAUGAUUGCACUUGGGAAAGGACCGACAGAUGAAUACAAGGAUAAUUUGCACAAGGUGAGCAGGUUCCUCCGAGGGGAAGUAGGAGUCCUGUUCACGAACAAAACGAAAGACGAAGUACAAGAGUAUUUCAGCGGGUUCAAAGAGAUGGAUUACGCUAGGGCGGGGAACGUGGCACAGAUGGCGGUGACGCUGGACGAGGGGCCGCUGGAACAGUUCUCCCACUCCAUGGAGCCUCAGCUCAGACAGUUAGGACUGCCUACAGCGCUGAAAAAAGGUGUCGUCACGUUAUUAAAGGACUACGAAGUGUGUAAAGAAGGAGACGCGCUCACUCCUGAACAAGCCCGUAUUCUGAAACUGUUCGGGAUCGAGAUGGCUGAAUUCAAAGUGACCAUAAAGUGCAUGUGGAAUUCGGAGACCGGAGAUUUCGAGCUGUUAGCAGAAGGUGAUGAAGAGGCCAUGCAGGCAAAAGACGACGACGACGAUGAUGAUGAUGAUGAAGAGAGUUAAUGAAAAGAAACAAUGGACUUUCCACAUGGACAUUAAACAUGUUUGAUUAACUUUGCAAAAGCAGGAUACAUAUUUGUGCAGAUAUUUCUUCAACAUGUGUUUUAUGUGAUUUUAUGAUCCAAACGUUCUAUACGACUUUCCUCGUUUGAUCCCUUCAACUUCCCCCCAAAAAAUACUACUUUCAAACCGACAUCAUUCGCUUACUUUAGGUGUGCUGAUAUGGGAUUAAACGUUCAGUCGUUUAAAAAAAUAAAUAAAUAGUAAUAAAAUGCUGAA